GGUCAAUUGCCAACAUUGCGACAAAAGUCCCUAAAAAUGAUGUAAUUUACGGAAAUUCGUGUGAGGUCAAUAUAAAUAAACAAUUUUCUCAAAAAUGAAUCUCAAACUAAUCUUGAAAAACUCGGUGAAAAUUACCGUUGGCGGAAUCGGGUUUGUUUCGUCGUUUUAUACAAUGAUUGAGUUAAUGUACUUUUUAUCUGACCCAAAUUAUAACAGAAAAGUAAUCUCCCAAGAUCCGUGGCUUUCGGCAUCGUGGAGUUUGUUAAUAAACAUGGCCUUAUUAUCAGUAUUUAUUCUACAGCAUUCUUUAUUGGCAGUCCCUCCUUUAAAAGAUACAGUGAGGAAAUAUGGUUUGCAAGAUUUAUAUAGAAGUUUUUAUGUUAUAGCCACUAUGGUGGUUUUACAGAUUUUUAUGAAAAACUGGCAUGAUAUUCCUGAAUUAACACUAUGGAAGUUUAACUUGAAUUUCAGACCUUUCUGGCUGUUAUACAUAUCAAUUCAUGUAACUGCUUGGUUGGUUAUUUAUAUUGGAAAUAUUUGUAUGGACAUAAAUGAACUUAUUGGUAUAAAACAGAUCUACUAUAGUAUUAUAAACUUGCCCGAUCCUAAUUUAAGAAAAUCUUUUCAAUUACAACGUCUUAAUUCUCACAUGAGACAUCCGAGUUUUUUGGCUUUUGUCUUAAUAUUUUGGUUUGUGCCCGUUAUGAGUCUUGACCGCCUUUUACUUGCAGCAAUAUUGACUUUGUAUAUGUUUAUUUCGUGGAACACUGAUGAAAGUGAUUAUGCAUACCAGUAUUCUCAGUACAAAAGAAAAUUUCAUGAACUGGAAAAUUUGCAGAGUUAAAGUGGAAGACUGUCUGUUGCCUGCUAAAAUAUUUAUUUUACAUAUUUCUUUGACGUAACUGAUGUAGAAUGUACAAUCCUUUUUCAAGCUAAUACACUAACUUUUUUAA